AUGGCUGAUCUCCUGGAUUCGGAAGGUGAUGACGACGGCGGCGUGAUCUUGCUUGGACAUUCGGAGGGGAAGGGACGAAAGGGGAUUAGGAGGAAUGUGCUCCGCUCACACGGCCUCCCCAUCGUCCUCCUGCCCAAGGGCGUCAGCGACUUCUCCAUCCAUGCCGACAGCCUCUUCCAGGCCCGCCUCGACGCCCUUUGCACUGCAACCUUCGAAAGCAAAGUUCUCUACAAUGCUAGCAUCGUCGGCACCAUCACCCACGCCAUCCGGCUCAGCGACAACACCUCCGGGAUCAUCCACUUCGAUGUUGGCAUCAUCGACAAGCGAUUCCCCCUCUCCCUCUUCGAGGACCCUCCCAAUUGCACCCCCUCUCGAAUUUUGCCGAGGUUGUCUACUCGCCCUAAUUCACAACAACUUCGAUUCCCCCAAUUGUAA